CCUUGCAGAUGACCAACCCAAGUCCUCGAGCGCCGGGCGCAGCUGCGACACGCGCAACGCGUCUGCGAGCGAUGGGCCUAUAAGAACCGCGUCGCUCGUCGCCUCCUCCAUCGAUCUCCUGCUGUGUUCUCGCACAUCCAAGCUACAGCUCACAAGUCGCACGAGCUUCCCGGUCCAGUAUGGCAUCGAGAGCCAGCGCCUCUACUGCCCUCGUACUCCUCGCGCUGCUGCUCUCGUGCGCCGCCAUGAGCGGCGCGGCGCGGAGGCUGGAGGAGGAGGAGGAGGCGCCCAAGGAGGAAGAGGAGUUCCCGCCGCACCUGCCCGUGCCGGAGCUGCCGAUUCCGAAGCACGAGCUGCCUCCGUUCCCGGAGGUGCACCUGCCGCCGUUCCCCGAGGUCGACCUGCCGCCGAAGCCCGAGCUGCCGGAGGUGGAGCUGCCGCCGAAGCCCGAGAUCCCCGCCGUUCCCGAGUUCCACUUCCCAGAGCCUGAGGCUAAGCCAUGAUUGCAAAAUUCGGCUGCGUAUUGGUCAUGUGUGUCAGUGUGUGUGCCAAUUCUGUCCGUGUGUACUUGCUACUUGUGAUGUCCCAUGUACUGAUGCCAUGAUGCGUGGUGAGAGUCCUUGUGUGUUUAUCAAUAAAAGGCUCGUCGAUGUUUUUUCUUCGAUAACCAAA